AUGAGGAACGCGGCAAGUGUUGGUCUUUGCGUUGGACUCUCUGCGAUUGGAGCACUGGCAAAUGAUGUCCUCAAACCAGAGGCCGAUUACCGAGAUUUCCGCCACUACCAGCUCAGCAAUGGCAUGCACGCUAUAGCGGUGCAUCAUCCUCGAUCUAAUGAGGCAGGUUUCGCAGUGGCUGCAAAUACUGGCAGUUUGUACGAUCCUGAAGAUGUGCCUGGCUUGGCGCAUUUUCUGGAACACAUGCUGUUUCUUGGGACAUCAAAGUAUCCCGAGCCUGAAAGCUAUGACAGCUUUUUGACACAAAACGGCGGAGCGAACAAUGCUUAUACGGACGAAGAGAAGACAGUCUUUUUCAACAAGGUUACAGACAGUGCUUUUGAAGAGGCCUUGGACCGUUUCUCCGAGUUUUUCAAAGCUCCUCUCUUCGACCGCAAGUACGAAGAAAAGGAGGUCAACGCGAUUGACGCCGAGCACCAGAAAAACAUUCCCAACGAUGACGAGCGAGCGUGGUACACAAUUCGCUCACUUGCCAAGGGGCCUAUGUCCCGAUUCGCCACUGGGAAUUCCGCAACCCUGAGUACCAAUCCGAAAGCCAAAGGAAUUGACCUGGUUGACCGCCUGAGAGACUUCCACAGCAAAUACUACUGUGGAUCAAACAUGUGCCCUGGACCUAUGUUCGACACCGUCAAGCCUUUUGACCACACCAACAGUGGAAAGUUCAUUCACCUCCAGAGCUUUUCUUCGCAGCCUAGCCUUUGGGUUGCAUUUGGUCUUCCACCCACUCUUACCUCUUACAAAAAGCAACCUACCAGCGUGCUCACGUAUCUACUUGAGUACACUGGAGAGGGAUCUUUGGCGAAGCGCCUCCGGCUCCUAGGUCUCGCUGAUGGCAUCUCUCCAGUUGUUGACAGGAAUACCAUCAGCACGCUUCUUGGCUUGAAGGUGGACCUGACCCAGAAAGGCGCUAACCAUCGGGGGCUCGUCCUUCAGGAGAUAUUUUCGUACAUUAACUUCUUGCGCGAUCACGGUGUCGGCCACGACUUGGUUUCGACUUUGGCCCAGCAGUCGCAUGUCGAUUUCCACACAACGCAACCAAGCUCAUCUCUAAUGGAUGAAGCAGCACGCCUAGCUCAUAAUCUAUUGACCUACGAGCCGUAUCAUGCAGUCGCCGGGGAUUCCCUCUUGAUUGAUGCGGACCCUCGUCUGACGAACCAGCUGCUUCAGGAGAUGUCGCCAUCUAAAGCGAUCAUCGCCUUCGCUGAUCCCGAAUUUUCAUCGAAAGUCGAAAGCUUCGAGACGGAUCCAUAUUAUGGAGUGCAGUUCAGAGUGCUUGACUUGCCUCAGCACCAUGCAGUAGCCAUGACCGUCUUAACGGCCUCACCAAACGCUUUCCGCAUGCCGCCUCCACUUCUGCAUAUCCCUAAGGCUUCAGAACUAGAAAUUCUCCCAGGUCUUACUGGGCUUAAUGAGCCAGAACUCAUCAGCGAACAAGGAGGCAACGCAGGGACAGCAGUGUGGUGGCAGGGCCAGGGCUUUUCUGCCCUUCCCAGAGUUGCUGUGCAGUUGAGCGGGAGCAUUGCAAAGGACAAGGCAGAUUUGCUUUCUCGCACCCAGGGUUCUGUUGCACUUGCUGCAAUUGCAGAACAUCUACAAGAGGAAACCGCGGAUUUCCAGUACUGCGGAAUUACCCACAGCCUGGCUUUCAAAGGAACCGGAUUCCACAUGACAUUUGAAGGCUACACAAAGACACAACUCGACAAGCUUAUGAGUCACGUGGCCAGUGUGCUCAGAGACCCUUCUGUGGUAGAGUCGGAGCGUUUCGAGAGAGUCAAGCAAAAGCAAAUAAAAUUGCUUGCUGACCCAGCGACCAACAUGGCAUUUGAGCAUGCUCUUCAAGCCGCCGCGAUUUUGACAAGAAAUGAUGCAUUCAGUCGCAUGGACUUGCUCAAUGCACUUGAACAGACCACUUACGACGACUCAAUCGCCAAGCUCAGCGAGCUCAAGAAUGUCCACGUGGAUGCCUUUGUCAUGGGAAAUAUAGAUCGUGAUCAGUCACUCUUGUUGACUGAAAGCUUCCUCGAACAAGCAGGAUUCACACCCAUCGAACAUGACGACGCUGUGGAGUCUCUUGCAAUGGAACAAAAACAGACUAUUGAGGCAACACUUGCAAACCCCAUAAAGGGAGACAAGGACCACGCCAGUCUGGUUCAAUUCCAGCUUGGCGUUCCUUCCAUUGAGGAACGUGUGAACCUAGCUAUCCUCUCCCAGUUCCUGAAUCGUCGCAUCUACGAUUCACUUCGAACCGAAGCUCAAUUGGGUUAUAUAGCUGGAGCAAAGGAGUCUCAGGCAGCAUCAACAGCACUUCUUCAGUGCUUCGUUGAAGGCUCCAAGAGCCACCCUGAUGAAGUAGUGAAGAUGAUUGAUGCGGAGCUAGCAAAGGCGAAAGACUACAUUUCCAACAUGCCUGAAGCAGAGCUAAGUCGCUGGAAGGAGGCAGCUCAUGCCAAGCUUACAAAAGUGGAGGCCAACUUCUCCGAAGACUUCAAGAAAUCGGCGGAUGAGAUAUUUUCUCAUGCAAAUUGCUUCUCCAAGAGGGACUUGGAAGUCAAGUACCUGGAUAAUGACUUUUCUCGCAAGCACUUGCUCCGGACUUUCACGAAGUUGUCUGACCCUUCAAGACGAAUGGUUAGUUUAUUUGAUCUUUGGGGGAAUCUAACAAGCUAUAAACUGGAAAAACUUCAGGUCGUGAAACUUAUUGCCGAUCUUGAGCCUGCCAAGGAGGUCACGCUCAUUGGAGAAGCUAAAGGCCAAGAUGCGGCGCUUCUCCGUCGUGGCGAUACCGCCGAAGAAGUUGUCAAGGCGCCGACUAAGCUUCUUAGCCUUGAGGACAAGUUCGUGUCUCAAGUUCAACAAGCAAACGGCUACUUCCCGGAUGUGUCUAUCUGCGAGCUGCCUCCAAGUCUUCUCUCGCUGUUCGAGCUCUUGGAGGAUCUUUGA